AUGUUAGGUGCACUGUUACAGAGAACGCCCAAAUUGUCCAACGUGUUCUAUAAAGUCAGCAGUGCUAAAUUCGCUAGAGGCAUGGCAACCUACUUGGUAGAAGACGAUAGUUACAGUUUCUUGAAAGAUCUCGGACUGCAGCGUAUAAAUAGCGGCGUUUACAAUGGAGAAUGGAUUGCCGGUAAAGCAAAUACGAUUAAAUCUAUAGAUCCGGGAACUGGCCGAGUAAUAGCAGAAGUAACUACGGGCACGGAGCAGGACUUGGAACGGUGUCUUACUGCUGGUGUAUCUGCAUUUCAAGAAUGGAAAAAAUUACCAGCACCCUUCCGAGGAGAGAUCGUUCGUCAGAUUGGUGAUGAGUUGCGCAAGUUUAGAGAUCCGCUCGGUAAGUUGGUAGCGUUGGAGAUGGGCAAAAUUCUACCGGAAGGUGUAGGUGAGGUACAGGAGUUUGUGGAUAUAUGCGACUACGCCGUCGGAUUGUCGCGCAUGUUUGGUGGAUUCAUUUUUCCUUCUGAGCGGGCACAGCACACUAUUCUGGAGAAAUGGAACCCGCUUGGAUUGGUCGGUGUGAUAUCGGCGUUUAACUUCCCAUGUGCAGUUUUUGGGUGGAAUACGGCAAUCGCACUUACCGUUGGAAAUACGGUAGUGUGGAAAGGUGCUCCAAGUACGUCGUUGGUGAGCGUUGCUACUACCAAAAUCGUGACAGAUGUAAUUAAGCGCAACAAUCUUCCACCUAUUGUGACACUUUGUCAGGGUGGUGAUGAAAUAGGCAAGCAAAUGGUUAAAGAUGAACGCGUCAAAUUGAUGUCAUUCACCGGUAGUACUGCAGUAGGCCAAACCGUCGGUAUUGAGAUGCAGCGACGUUUCGGUCGGUGUCUGCUUGAGCUCGGAGGUAACAAUGCGCUUAUCAUCAACGAAGACGCGCCACAGGAAAUGGCUCUCGAUGCCGCAUUUUUUGGCUGCAUUGGCACCGCAGGCCAACGUUGCACAACGACUAGACGGUUGAUUAUUCAUGAAAAAUUAUACGACAGUUUUGUCCAGAAGCUAAUCAAACGAUAUACUAAUCUGAUGCAACGUGUCGGGCAUCCGUUGGAUCAGGCUACGCUUUACGGACCGGUACAUAACCAGCAGGCGGUAGACAAUUACAAGCAAACUGUGCAGGAAGCAGUUUCCCUUGGUGGUAAAAUAGAAUGCGGUGGUAAAGUUAUUGAGCGACCUGGAUUUUACGUGGAACCGACCAUUAUUUCCAAUUUGCCACACGAUGCUCCUGUUGUUAGGCGAGAAACGUUCGCACCGAUUGUGUAUGUUUUCAAGACCAAGAAUUUAAAAGAAGCAAUCAGCUGGAAUAACGAAGUGGAUCAAGGACUUUCCUCCUCACUUUUCACCAAUAACAUUCAGUCUGCUUUCGAGUGGAUAGGAGAGAAUGGUUCUGACUGUGGCAUAGUAAACAUUAACACUUCACCUUCUGGUGCUGAAAUCGGAGGAGCCUUUGGUGGGGAAAAACACACCGGAGGUGGACGAGAAUCUGGAUCCGAUGCCUGGAAACAGUAUGCCCGUCGUUCAACAAUUACUGUAAAUCAUUCUAAAGAUUUGCCGCUGGCACAGGGACUAGUUUUUGAAUAA